GCGGCGGGAAAGUCCCAAAGUGGAGUCUAUACCAUCUUUAGCGGGUCCAACAGCUUCAAGGCUUACUGCAACAUGAACCUGGACGGGGGAGGCUGGACCGUGAUCCAGAGGAGAAAGGACGGCUCCGUCGACUUCUUUCGGGGUUGGAACGACUAUCGAAAGGGCUUUGGAGACCUCGCCGGAGAGCACUGGCUCGGCCUGCAAAACAUCCACGCUCUGACGGCCUCGGGCGCUUACCAGUUGCGGAUCGACUUCACCCUAUUCGACGGCCGCAAUUACUACGCUCUCUACGACGACUUCUCGGUGGGCCGGAACUCGCUGGACCCCGAGAAGGACGGCUACCCGCUGCUUGUGAGCGGCUACUCUGGAAACGCAGGCGAUAAAUUCACCUACCAUUCUGGGAUGAAGUUCACCACCAAAGACCGCGACCAAGACAACUGGGAUACUUUCGAUUGCGCCAAUGACCGGAAGGGCGCUUGGUGGUACAACGAGUGUGCCGAGUGCAACCUGAACGGGUUGUACAAGGCAACCGGCACCUGCGACGAUAGCAAUGCAGUCUGGUAUGAGUUGGGGCCAUCAUUUUAUACCUGCCUGAGAUUCGUGGAGAUGAAGAUCCGGCCCAGAAAGUGAGCGGUCAGCCGGCGGAGCCUGGGAACGGCAUCCCCGUGGGAUCACGUGGGUGCUGCCCGACGUCACCCAUUUGUGCAGCGCUCGUC